UUUUGUUCAAUAUGCAAAUUGUUUUUUUUGUUCAUUAUUGUUUGAAUUGAAGUUAUAAAAACGUUAAUUGUUUGUUACAUUCUAUUGUUUUCAUGAUUUAAGCUUACGUUUUACACAUUUGUAGUUGAAUUUUAGGAUUUGUUUUGUAUGCAUAUAAAGUGUUUGAUGAAAUGCUUCAAUGAAAGUUUAUUACUUUGUAAGGUUAGUUUAAUUGUUUUUGUAUAUAUUCAUGGUAUUUUUAGCUUUUAUAUUUGAAAUGAACCUUAUAAUAAGUGUUCUAAUACCUUAGUAUCACAAAUUCUUGUAUUCAAAUUUACACUUCCCGUUAUAGUGUAUUGGGGUGAGGAAGUCAUGAUAUUGGUUGCAAAUUGGUAGCAAAUUGGUGGAGAUAUCACAUGAAAGAUCAUUAUCCCAUUGAAAAACAUGUUGAAUUGGUUGCAAAUUUGGAUAAUGCGAGGGAAGUCAUGAUAUUUUUAUGAUUUUUAUAACACUUAUGGCGAUGAAAAACACGUAACAGCGAUCAUGGCGAUGCCGGGCCCAGUUGAUCAUCGGAGGACUGGGGACAAGAACUACCUCGUACGACAUAGAUCGCAUGUAGAUGCGUGGAACGACCGAGCAUCUACAUUGGUUGGAGGAGAUAACUUCACAGGUCAUAGUUCUGCUAUGUACAUGAGUUGGUACAGGCGCUUCUCCAUAUUACGCCUAACGAACACCGCAUUUGCGCAGCCAGGAUCACAUUACCAUCCGACAUCUACGUUACUGGCUGAGCGCAUCCGAUCGGUACUCAUACAAUGUAAUGACACGAUUCAAGGGGCCGCUACAUCGCCAGUUGACGUGGGGUAUCGGCUAUGUUCUCAGACCUUAGGCUCCAUUAACGCGUCGUUGACCGAUGCAUUGAGUCAGGCGGGUUAUGAGUACCUCAUACCGACUCCACCCGUCAUUGGCGAGGUAGAUGACACAUUCCACACUCCUUCUCCAAGGAGUUCAGCCCAUCGAGGUAGCUCUUCCGGAGGAUCCAGUUCUCGGUCCACAAGAGGCCGCCAGCGUUCAUCUACUCGAGGUCGGUCUUCCAGAUCGCCAUCGACAUCCGCUACUAUGUCGCCGUUCGUUCCCCCGUCUUCCAUCAACACUCCUCCGCCACAUCCAUCGCCUCCGCAAAGGAUUAUCACAUAUCAAAGUGCUAGUCAACGACGAGCUCCUGCUCUUAAUGUCAUUGCAGAGGUUGACGAGUUCACACCAUCAUCAUCCACGGUGCGCAAAACAAAAGGGGCCGGGGGUUGUAGUUUAACAAACUUUGUAUAUUCUUAUAUGACUUGAACUUCUUGUAUGAGUUUCCAUAAUUGUAAUAUAUCUUUGUAUUAUUUUCAUAAUUAUUUUUUCCAAAACAAGCCGGUUCGUAAUUGAU